AUGGCUGAGCCUGGGCACGGCCACCAGCCCUGUGCCAGAGGCCGGGGAAGGAAUGAGAGGCACACAUUCCGGCUUCUGCGGCUGCUGCUCUGGGCUGGGACCGCCUUCCAGGUGACCCAGGGAACAGGACCAGAGCUUCACGCCUGCAAAGAGUCUGAAUACCACUAUGAGUAUACUGCGUGUGACAGCACAGGUUCCAGGUGGAGAGUCGCUGUGCCGCACACCCCAGGCUUGUGCACCAGUCUCCCAGACCCGGUCAAGGGCACCGAAUGCUCUUUCUCUUGCAAUGCCGGGGAGUUUCUGGAUAUGAAGGACCAGUCCUGUAAGCCGUGUGCUGAGGGCCGUUACUCCCUCGGUACUGGCAUCCGGUUUGACGAGUGGGAUGAGCUGCCCCAUGGCUUUGCCAGCCUCUCCGCCAACAUGGAGCUGGAUGACAGCACCUCUGAGUCCACAGAGAACUGCACUUCGUCUAAGUGGGUCCCCCGGGGCGACUACAUCGCCUCCAACACGGAUGAAUGCACAGCCACGCUGAUGUAUGCCGUCAACCUAAAGCAGUCCGGCACGGUUAACUUCGAAUACUACUAUCCAGAUUCCAGCAUCAUCUUUGAGUUUUUUGUCCAGAACGACCAGUGCCAGCCCAAUGUGGAUGACUCCAGGUGGAUGAAAACCACGGAGAAAGGAUGGGAAUUCCACAGUGUUGAGUUAAAUCGAGGCAAUAAUGUCCUCUACUGGAGAACCACAGCCUUCUCGGUAUGGUCCAAGGUUUCCAAGCCUGUGCUGGUGAGAAACAUCGCCAUUACAGGGGUAGCCUACACUUCAGAAUGCUUCCCCUGCAAACCUGGCACAUAUGCAGCCAAGCAGGGCUCCUCUUUCUGCAAACUUUGCCCAGCCAACACUUAUUCAAAUAAAGGAGAAACUUCUUGCCACCAGUGUGACCCUGACAAAUACUCAGAAAAAGGAUCCUCCUCCUGCAAAGUGCGCCCAGCCUGCACAGACAAAGAUUAUUUCUACACACACACAGCCUGUGAUGCCAACGGGGAGACGCAGCUCAUGUACAAAUGGGCCAUGCCAAAAAUCUGUGGCGAGGACCUUGAGGGGGCAGUGAAGCUACCUGCCUCUGGCGUGAAGACCCGAUGUCCACCCUGCAACCCAGGCUUCUUCAAAACCAACAAUAGCACCUGCGAGCCCUGCCCAUAUGGGUCCUACUCCAACGGCUCUGAUUGUACCCACUGCCCAGCUGGGACCGAACCUGCCGUGGGAUUUGAAUACAAGUGGUGGAACACGCUGCCCACAAACAUGGAAACCACCGUUCUCAGUGGGAUCAACUUCGAGUACAAGGGCAUGACAGGCUGGGAGGUGGCUGGUGAUCACAUUUAUACAGCCGUUGGAGCCUCAGACAAUGACUUCAUGAUUCUCACUCUGGUUGUACCAGGAUUUAGACCUCCACAGUCGGUGAUGGCGGACACAGAGAAUAAAGAAGUGGCCAGAAUCACAUUUGUCUUUGAGACCAUCUGUUCUGUGAACUGUGAGCUCUACUUCAUGGUGGGUGUGAACUCUAGGACCAACACUCCCGUGGAGACGUGGAAAGGUUCCAAAGGCAAACAGUCCUAUACCUACAUUGUUGAGGAGAACGCUACCAUGAGCUUCACCUGGGCCUUCCAGAGGACCACUUUUCGUGAGGCAGGCAGGAAGUACACCAAUGAUGUUGCCAAGAUCUACUCUAUCAAUGUCACCAAUGUCCUGGACGGGGUGGCCUCCUACUGCCGUCCCUGUGCCCUAGAAGCCUCUGACAUGGGCUCCUCCUGCACCUCUUGUCCUGCUGGUUACUACAUUGACCGAGAUUCAGGAACCUGCCACUCCUGUCCCCCUAACACAAUCCUGAGAGCCCACCAGCCUUAUGGUAUCCAGGCCUGUGUGCCCUGCGGUACAGGGACCAAGAACAACAAGAUCCACUCUCUGUGCUACAACGAUUGUGCCUUCACACGCAACACCCCAGCUAGGACUUUCAACUACAACUUCUCCGCUUUGUCAAAUACGGUCACUCUGACUGGAGGGUCAAGCUUCACUUCCAAAGGGCUGAAAUAUUUCCAUCACUUUACUUUCAGUCUCUGUGGAAACGAGGGUAAGAAAAUGUCUGUGUGCACUGACAAUGUCACUGACCUCCGGAUUCCCGAGGGUGAGUCAGGGUUCUCCAAAUCCAUCGUAUCCUACGUCUGCCAGGCAGUCAUCAUCCCCUCAGAGGUGACAGGCUACAAGGCUGGGGUAUCCUCACAGCCUGUCAGCCUCGCUGACCGACUGAUUGGGGUGACAACAGAUAUGACUCUGGAUGGAAUCACCUCCCCAGCUGAACUUUUCCACCCGGAGUCCUUGGGAAUACCGGACGUGAUCUUCUUUUAUAGGUCCAAUGAUGUGACCCAAUCCUGCAGUUCUGGAAGAUCAACCACCAUCCGUGUCAGGUGCAGUCCCCAGAAAGCUGCCCCUGGAAGUCUGUUGCUGCCAAGCAUGUGCUCCGAUGGGACCUGUGAUGGCUGCAACUUCCACUUCCUGUGGGAGAGUGUGGCCGCUUGCCCGCUCUGCUCGGAGGCUGACUACCACGCCAUCGUCAGCAGCUGUGUGGCUGGGAUCCAGAAAACUACUUAUGUGUGGCGAGAACCAAAGCUAUGCUCUGGUGGCAUUUCUCUGCCUGAGCAGAGAGUCACCAUCUGCAAAACAAUAGAUUUCUGGCUGAAAGUGGGCAUCUCUGCAGGCACCUGUACUGCCAUCCUGCUCACCGUCUUGACCUGCUACUUUUGGAAAAAGAAUCAAAAACUAGAGUACAAGUACUCCAAGCUGGUGAUGAAUGCUACCCUCAAGGACUGUGACCUGCCAGCAGCUGACAGCUGUGCCAUCAUGGAAGGCGAGGACGUGGAAGAUGACCUCAUCUUUACCAGCAAGAAGUCACUCUUUGGGAAGAUCAAAUCAUUUACCUCCAAGAGAACUCCUGAUGGAUUUGACUCAGUGCCGCUGAAGACAUCUUCAGGAGGCCCCGACAUGGACCUGUGAGAGGCACUACCCUGCCUCUCCCGCCUCCACCUCGACAUGUCACUUUACAAGCCUGUGACAAUUUGGGUGCCCUCAUCCUGCAACACCCACUGCUGGAAAUCUCUUCAUUGUGGCCUUAUCAGAAGAAUUUUGAAUUUCCAAUAUUUGGUUUUUUUAUAGAGUACUCAAACCUUCCUUUCUGCUUGCCUCAAACCUGCCAAAUAUACCCACACUUUGUUUGUAAA